GCCCCGGCGCCCCGAUCCGCGCAGGAUGCCAGCCCGGGCCUCGCCGCGCAGCCCGCGGUCGCGGCGGCUGCUACCGCGGCUGUUGCUGCUGUUGGCGCUGGGCGGCUGCCGCCUGCGCGCGGAGCCCGGGGACGGCGCGCAGGUCUGGAGCCGCUUCGCGCGCCCUCCGGCCCCCGAGGCCGCGGGCCUGCUCCACGACACCUUCCCCGACGGCUUCUUCUGGGCCGUGGGCACCGCCGCCUACCAGACGGAGGGCGGAUGGCGGCAGCACGGCAAGGGCGCGUCCGUCUGGGACACGUUCACCCACCACCCGCCCGCGCCCCCGGGUGACCCCCAGGCAGCCGGCCUGCCCACGGGCGCCCCGUCGCCGUCCCCGCCCGCCACCGGGGACGUGGCCAGCGACAGCUACAACAACGUCUUCCGCGACACGGAGGGGCUGCGGGAGCUCGGGGUCACCCACUACCGCUUCUCCAUCUCGUGGGCGCGGGUGCUCCCCCACGGCAGCGCGGGCGCCCCAAACCGCGAGGGGCUGCGCUACUACCGACGCCUGCUGGAGCGGCUGCGGGAGCUGGGCGUGCAGCCCGUGGUCACCCUGUACCACUGGGACCUGCCCCAGCGCCUGCAGGACGCUUACGGAGGCUGGGCCAACCGCGCCGUGGCCGACCACUUCAGGGAUUAUGCGGAGCUCUGCUUCCGCCACUUCGGCGGCCAGGUCAAGUUCUGGAUCACCAUCGACAACCCCUACGUGGUGGCCUGGCACGGCUACGCCACCGGGCGCCUGGCUCCCGGCGUCCGGGGCAGCGCGCGGCUCGGGUACCUGGUGGCGCACAACCUCCUCCUGGCUCAUGCCAAAAUCUGGCACCUCUACAACACUUCCUUCCGCCCGACUCAGGGGGGCCAGGUGUCCAUCGCCCUCAGCUCCCACUGGAUCAGCCCCCAGAGAAGGACGGACCGCGGCAUCCAAGAAUGCCAGAAAUCUCUGGACUUCGUUCUCGGCUGGUUCGCCAAACCCAUAUUCGUUGAUGGCGAUUACCCCGACAGCAUGAAGAACAACCUGUCAUCCCUCCUGCCAACCUUCACUGAACCUGAGAAGAAGUUCAUCAGAGGCACAGCCGACUUUUUUGCUCUCUCCUUUGGACCGACCUUGAGUUUUCAGCUCCUGGACCCUGCCAUGAAGUUCCGCCAAGUAGAAUCCCCCAGCCUGAGGCAGUUGCUCUCCUGGGUUGACCUCGAAUACAACCACCCACAGAUAUUUAUUGUGGAAAAUGGCUGGUUUGUCUCAGGAACCACCAAGCGAGAUGAUGCCAAGUAUAUGUAUUACCUCAAAAAGUUUAUAAUGGAAACGUUAAAAGCUAUCAGGCUGGAUGGGGUGAAUGUCAUCGGGUACACGGCGUGGUCCCUCCUGGAUGGCUUCGAGUGGCACCGAGGCUACAGCAUCCGGCGUGGGCUCUUCUACGUGGACUUCCUGAGCCAGGAUAAGAAGUUGUUGCCCAAGUCUUCAGCCUUGUUCUACCAACAGCUGAUAGAGAAGAACGGCUUCCCUCCUUCACCUGAAAACCAACCCCUAGAAGGGACCUUUCCCUGUGACUUUGCUUGGGGAAUCGUGGACAACUACAUUCAAGUGGACACCGCUCUGUCCCAGUUCACCGACCCACAUAUCUACCUGUGGGACGUGCACCGCAGCAAGGGACUCCUGAAGGUGGAUGGCCUCACGGCCAGGAAGAGGCCGCCCUCCUGCGCGGACUUCACGGCCAUCCGCGCCCAGGUGGCCCUCCUGCAGGAAGCGCACGCCACGCACUUCCACUUCUCGCUGGACUGGGCCCUGGUCCUGCCGCGUGGCGACCGGUCCCAGGUGAACCUCACGGCCCUGCACUUCUACCGCUGCAUGGCCAGUGAGCUCGUGAGCGCCAACAUCACGCCUGCGGUGGCCCUGUGGCGCCCGGCCACCCCGCACCAAGGCCUGCCCGAGCCGCUGGCCCGGCAGGGUGCCUGGGAGAACCCCCGCACUGCCCUGGCCUUUGCCGAAUACGCCCGCCUGUGCUUCCAGGAGCUCGGCCCGCACGUCAAGUUCUGGAUCACGAUGCAGGAGCCCCCCACGCGGAACAUGACCUACAGCGCCGGGCACAACCUGCUGAAGGCGCACGCGCUGGCCUGGCGUGCCUACGACGGGCAAUUCAGACGCUCCCAGAAGGGGAAAAUAUCCCUGGCCCUGCAGGCCGACUGGAUCGAGCCGGCCUGCCCUUCCUCGCCGAAGGACCAAGAAGGGGCGGAGAGGGUGCUGGAGUUUGACAUCGGCUGGCUGGCCGAGCCGGUGUUCGGCUCUGGGGAUUACCCGCGGGCGAUGCGGGACUGGCUGAACCAGAGGAACAAUUUCCUCCUGCCCUACUUCACCGAGGAGGACAAGAGGCUCGUCCGGGGCUCCUUCGACUUCCUGGCGGUGAGCCACUACACCACCAUCCUCGUGGACUGGGAGAAGGAAGAGCCGAGCAAGUACAACGACUACCUGGAGGUGCAAGAGAUGACGGACAUCACGUGGCUCAACUCGCCCAGUCAGGUGGCCGUGGUGCCCUGGGGCUUGCGCAAAGUCCUGGGCUGGCUGAAGUCCAAGUAUGGAGACUUGCCCACCUACGUCAUCUCCAGUGGCAUCGAUGACGACCUGCAAGCAGGCCAAGACAGGCUGAGGGUGUACUACAUGCAGAAUUACCUGAACGAAGCUCUGAAAGCCUACGUGUUGGACGGGGUCAACCUCUGUGGCUACUUCGCCUACUCGUUCAGCGACCGCACGGCGCCCGGGUUUGGCCUCUAUCGUUACGCUGCCGGUCAGUUUGAGCCCAAACCAUCCGUGCAGCAUUACAGAAACAUCAUCGACGGCAACGGCUUCCCUGGCCCGGAAACGCUGGGCGGGCUGUGUGCGGAGGACUUCUCGCUGUGCGCGGAGUGCACCUUUCCCCACCCCCAGAGGGGUUUGCUGGCCUUUGUCGCAUUCCUGCUCUUCGCCGUCAUCAUCUCGCUUUCCCUUAUGUUUUACUACUCCAGGAAAGGCAGGAGAAGUUACAAAUAGUCCUGAACACUGUCCUAUUUAUUUAUUAUGCAUACGCAUUAGCUGUUCGCCAUUUGCACUUGUCGGCGCUGUGACACUGUCGAUUUCAUACAUCUGAUUUCUGUGAAACCUUUCUUCCACGUGUGACAGGUUUUGAAAUAAGCACAGGUGACUGUAAAACCUUAAAUAAUGUGAAUUGUGCCUGGGUUUUUUUUGGGGGGGGCGGGGGGAGUGGUCAACAACCCAGGGGCCAUCAUUUCUAUGACACCUUCUGUAACAGAACACUGGGAAACAGGAACCGUUCUGUAACAUUUUUACAGAAAUUUAAGGACGAGGUUGGGAUAGUUUUACCUGUGCCCAUUCCUAAAUAAUGUGUUUUACUUAAAGUAAUAAUCGAAAGGGUUGGAAAUCAAAGCUAAUUCCCAAGCAACCAUCUCCCAGCCUCCACGAGAGGCCCGAUGGUCUCUGUGCGACCGAGUGUCCCUUGAAAAGGCAGGUGACAGAAUGCAGGAGAGAUGACGGGGCCCUGGGCGGGAGCUGUCCUCUCAGAUGCAGCAUUUCUGCCAAAUGCUGCUGACGUUAAUCCGUCUCUGGUUCGUGACAUGCCUGGCGGAGCGAGUUGUAGAACUUGAUAUUUUUAGGUGACUUUCAAGGCCCCCUCAGGACCCCCGAGCUCUUGAAAGGUUUGUGUCGCGGGGCCCUGGGGAGGGCCGGCCCGAUCACCAGGGACUUUCCAUGACUUUGCACAAAGUAAACAUGACUCAGGAGUUGCCGGGCACCUCAGGAGGCACACCCCGAUGCUGAACGCGCCGCACUGCCGGGAACCGGGAGGAGGGAAGGCGUGAAGAGUCCGUGUUCUGAGCAACAGGAUGACUCAUUUGGCUAUAAGCCCUUUCCUUGUAGCAAAGGCCUUGGAAUGAAUGAGGUGCCCUUUUGGAGAGAGUCAGAAAAGGUGUAACUCACCCUGUGAAGAAUGGCUUGACUCGGCUCUUUAGAAUGAGCCAUCAUUUCUGUGAGUGGGGUUUUAGAAAUGUCCCCGGGUCCCACGGCACGUGGCCUGCUCACACUGGAAAGUUUGUGUCCCUGUGUGCUGAGGCCCCGUUGCCAUUCUUGCUGCUGCUGCUGCUGUGGUGGAACUAGCUUGCAACUAGUUUUGCUUUGAAUCUUGACACUGUGACAGGCUGCGGGUGUCCUGGUAUCCUCCAGUGCCCCUGACGUUGGUCUUGCUG